UCUUCAUACAGGAAAUAGCGUAUUUAAACCGGAAUUGAUCAUAGAGGGCGGGACGUUUUUAAAUUGAGGAUCGGUUUUGACUGUUGACAAAUCUCGCAUUCAACUUAUCCAUAAAGGUGCCUUUGGGGAUUGUUCUGCCUUUCUGGCAUUGUAUUAACAGCACAACAGAUUGUCAGCAAAUUGAGCAAUGUCUUCAAAAAUCCCAAGAGGUGUGCAGUUACCUGCAGGAACGAAAAAAAUCGGUCAUAAACCUGAAUCCAGAGACACAGCAACUGUAUCUGCAUCAGCAAAUGCUGCCCAAAAAUCAGAUGGCAUCCUUAAACCUCAAAAUGAAAACGUGCCAAAACAUGUUUUUGCUCCAAAGGUUCACAAAGGGAUCUCCAACAGGUAUGGGCAACAGGCAGAGCUCAAAGAGCAAAAUCAGCAUCUGAUGGCUACCAAUGAGGAGCUGCAGAAAAACCUCACAGAGACACAGCAAAGAGUAGCUGAGUUGGAGCUGCAGUACAGGGACCUUGAAAAAGAGAAUACAGAGGUACAGAAAAACCUGAAGGACUGUCACAUACUCCUCGUCUCAGCCAAUAUAGACCCAGUUUUAGGAAAAAUGGUUGGAGAAGCUUCACGAAACAAUGAAGAUCAAAGAAAAGAAGUUAUGAGUGUCUCCACAGACCUGCUGAAUGAAUUAAAAGCGUUUGGAGACACUGCAUCACAGCAACGUGCUCGGCUAGAGGAAAUCCAAGUAACAAUGACAGAACUCGCUAAAGCACGGCAACAUAUGAAGCAGGAAAGGGAGAACUUUUCCCUGGAGGCUGCCGAAAUGGAACAAGCUCUCAAGGAAGCAGAAUCUCUCUUGUUGUAGAAGUAAUAAUUUCUCAACUUAAAAUGAGUUUAAAAAAAUAAAUAAAAAUAGUGUAUGAUACAUAA